AUGAACUCUAUUUCUAGGUCCAUUAAAGGUAUGGCCAUUUCCAAGUGUGGCUGGACUCUCAUUGCUGUUGUGGUGAUAAUCUGUAUUUUGCAAACACAGAAGGUGACUCAGAUCCUCAGCCUGGUUUCACCGGUACCAAUAGAAGAUGAAGACGUUCUACCUCACACAAGACAUAAGAGAGAGGAUCCGUCCUCACUGACGGAGUACGAUGUGGAUGUGGAGCUAAAUCUGACAGACUUGGAAACAGUGGGCAAUCUACGCACGUUACUGCAGAACGGAAACUUCUCUCUCACCCUCGGCCCGUCUAUCAAUCUAACACACAUUGAAAUCACCACCGUGUGUUCUCAAAAUGGCUCCGAUUUCCAAUGCAGAUGUGAAGAUCAGUUUGUGUGGUCAUAUAACAGCUGUGUGACGUAUGGCGCUUGUGAUGAAAUAGUUGACGAAGCCUGUACUUGUUUAAACAAUAUUCCCUCGGAUGGAUUGUACUGUCAACCAAAACAAGACCCCCACGAGACAGUAUUUGAAUAUGAGAUUGUCAUAGAAGUAAACACUAUGGACUUAGCUCAACUGAGAGAGAGUCUGCAAGCGAUCACUGUGCCUGUUCAAAUCAACUCACAAGUCAACAUGUCCAAAAUUAAAAUGACAACAGUUUGCAGUCCAAGUGCUGCUGGUGUCCACUGCAGCUGUGAGAUGGGCUACGUCUGGCCCUGUGACAAAUGCGAGGUGUAUGGAAAAUGUGAAAAUGAUACAAGUAGCUCAUGUAACUGUAUUAAUGCCAUUCCUGAAGAUGGACAGAUCUGUCAGUCUGUACAGGGUCAGAACAACACGCAGUGCACAAUCCCCACUCCUACUCCUGAAACAGACCCCCACGAGACAGUAUUUGAAUAUGAGAUUGUCAUAGAAGUAAACACUAUGGACUUAGCUCAACUGAGAGAGAGUCUGCAAGCGAUCACUGUGCCUGUUCAAAUCAACUCACAAGUCAACAUUUCCGAAAUUAAAAUGACAACAGUUUGCAGUCCAAGUGCUGCUGGUGUCCACUGCAGCUGUGAGAUGGGCUACGUCUGGCCCUGUGACAAAUGCGAGGUGUAUGGAAAAUGUGAAAAUGAUACAACUAGCUCAUGUAACUGUAUUAAUGCCAUUCCUGAAGAUGGACAGAUCUGUCAGUCUGUAAAGGGUCAGAACAACACCCAGUGCACAAUCCCCACUCCUACUCCUGAAACAGAUUUCACAGUCUGUCCAUCGACCACACCUGUACCAACUUCAGAAGUCACAAGCCUGAAACCAACAACAGAAACCAAUGUAACCACAUUAUUGCCUGUAACUAACACUACAGAUAAUCCAACUACAGAGAUGAACUCUUCAGCGACAACUGUCCCCACCACUGCGGUCACCACCCCUAUCUUUCUUUAUAGAUACAACAUUUAUUUUGAGUUCAACACCACAAAUUCAUCAGUGAUGAAUCGACUGAGAAUUGUUCUGAGAAACGUCUCGUCCCACAUCAGUGCCAAUGGCAUUCACAUCAACAGUGUUGAUGUUUCUACAGUAUGCAGUCCAAACAACAGCAGUUACCAGUGCACAUGUGAGGAAAAGUACCGUUGGCCAUGUGACCUAUGUUUGACCCAUGGGUCAUGUGACAACAUCUCCAACGACACUUGUGGAUGUAUACAUGGUCUUCCUCCUGAUGGACAGUACUGCCAGCCUCUAGACAGCACUAAUUUCACAGUCUGUCCAUCGACCACACCUGUACCAACUUCAGAAGUCACAAGCCUGAAACCAACAACAGAAACCAAUGUAACCACAUUAUUGCCUGUAACUAACACUACAGAUAAUCCAACUACAGAGAUGAACUCUUCAGCGACAACUGUCCCCACCACUGCGGUCACCAGUAAGUAA